GGGGAUAAAAAAGAAACUGAAAUCAAAAAUCAAAAUCCCUAAAAGCUUCUUAUCCUCAACUACAAUGGCGAAAACCCUAGACAAAUCUAAGAAACGCAAACUCGUGAAAUCCAAAUCCAAGAAACUCGAGAAGAAACAGAAGAUUAAAAAACAACCUGAAUCAUCGACGCCAUAUUCAAGUUCAAGCUCAAGCUCUAAUUCUAGCGAUUCGGAAUCAGACAACGAAUUCGAUCCAGAAGAGCUACGUGAGCUUCUUCGACCUUAUUCCAAGGACCAGCUCGUCGACCUUGUUUGUUCCGCUGCGCAAAUCGGAUCCUCGAUCUAUUCCGCCGUCGUAGAAGCUGCAGAUCGUGAUGUUACCCAUAGGAAAAUCUUCGUUUAUGGUCUUCCAUGGGAGACGACUCGCGAGACUCUUGUUGAUGUCUUUGAAGGCUAUGGUGAGAUUGAAGAGUGUACCGUUGUUAUAGAUAAGGCUACUGGUAAGGCUAAAGGAUUCGGAUUUGUUAUGUUUAAGACGAGGAAAGGAGCUAAAGAAGCUCUUAAAGAACCGAAGAAGAGGAUUCUUAAUAGAACUGCGACUUGCCAGCUUGCUUCUAUGGGGCCUGCGGCGUCGGGAAAGGGGCAUGAUCAGGCUGGUCCGGUGAAGAUUAGUAUGGGUACGAUGGUUAAUCAGGGCCAGUCUCAGCAACAGCAGGCGCAAGGGCAACAUAUGUUUAACGGUGGUGGAAUGGCUGCAUCGCCGUUUAUGUUAGGGAAUCAAUACCAUCCGGUUUAUGGAGCCGGAAUGUUGGCGAAUCCAGCUUUAGCAGCAGCAGCUGGUGGAGGUUACAUGUAUCCGAUGUUGGCGGGCGCUCUAGCUCAUGGUGGGAUGGGUUCUGAUUUGGUACAGUCUAGUCAAAUGGGUGGGAUUGGUGACCCAAGCGUUGGUGCUGCUGGUUUGUCAGUUCUUGGUUCUUACUUUAGAGGUCAGGGUAUGUCUACUGCUUAUCCUGAUUCGGAUGCUGGUGGAAAAAGAGGGACGGGUAAAGAUUCGGAUGCUGGUGGCUCCUCCUUUCAUGGCUACUCAAACUAUUCAUGAUGAUGUGAGCUGAGCAUGAGAAUGAUAAACAUGCAGUUCUGGGAUUUCUUUUAACAUUUCUAUCAAGUCAGUACGUUUUAGCUUUUUCUUGUAUUGUUUUUUUCUUCCUUUUGUUUUUCCGUUUGAUUUCGCUCUUGUCCGAUGCCAUAGGAUGAACAGUCUAUGAACAGUCUAUACCAUUGUGAUUAUUCGUUAAAGACCUAUGUGCAAUCUCCCUGGUAUUGUGACCUCUGGGAAAAGGUUUGCUUUAUGAGCUUCAUUCUUUUGUCCCAAACUGAUGUUUAAGCCUUCCUUUUUUCUUUCUUUU